AUUAUGUGAAGAGCUUCAUAAAGUAUUCAAGACUCAAUGGCUACCAAAAAGAGAAGCUGGUUCAGUUUCUUGAAGAGACUAUUCAAUGCAGAACCUAAAUCAGAAAAGGUUAGUAAAAUACUACAUAUAUAUGUAUGUAUAUGCUGUUAUACUUACAGUCAUUGGGUGUAUCAGAAGGAGAUCAAGAGGAGGAGAUGGAUAUUUGGUAGGCUAAGUAGCAAAAGACUAGCCUCCAUUCAAGCUCCACCAUCAUCAACCAGAGAGAGAUCAGUAAGUGACCAAGCAGAAGAAGAACAAAACAGACAUGCUCUGGAAGUAGCCAUUGCCUCCACUGCUGCUGCCGAAGCUGCUUUAGCUGCUGCUCAGGUUGCCGCUGAGGUUGUUGUCCUCACUUCCACCAUUCCUCCUCCAUCUAAUGGGUUUAGUCACCUCCAAAUCCAAGAGCUUUCUGCCAUUAAAAUCCAGACAGCUUUUCGAGCUUACCUUUUAAUACAGGCAAGGAAAGCUCUGCGGGCAUUGAAAGGCAUAGUCAAGCUUCAAGCACUUAUUCGGGGGCGAGCAGUGAGACGACAAGCCAUGAAUACUCUCAAGUGUUUGCAGUCACUUGUGAAUAUUCAAUCACAGGUUUGUACCAGGAGAAUCAAUAUUUCAGAAGCAACAUUGUAUUGUGAUGAAAGCAGGAAUUUACAGACAUUGAAAGACAAGAUAAUAAAGAUUGAUACAAACAGUCAGAAGAGAUGGGAUGAUAGGAAUUUGACGAAGGAAGAGGCUGAGGCCAUGGUCUUAAGCAAGAACAAAGCUGCAAUCAAGAGAGAAAGGAUCAAAGAAUACGCGUUUAGUCAUCGUAAAUCAGCAGAAUCAGAACAGGACAAAGGGAAUGGCAAAUGGAAGUACUGGUUAGAAAAAUGGGUGGAUACCCAAUUAUCAAAGAGCCGAGAACUUGAACAUCUAGACUUGAGUUGGAAUCAAAAUCAGCUCGAAGAAUCAGUAACAAAACAGGUAACCAAACCUAGAAAAAAUCCUAUUCAAGAAUCGGGUUCUCCCAUUGCAGAAGCUAGAAGAUCAUUUCAUCACAGAAAACAAUGUUCCCUAGGAGAAGACAAUUCUUUCUCUACUUCACCACCUGUUCUUCCAACUUACAUGGCUGCAACUGAAUCUGCUAAGGCCAAAACAAGAUCACUAAGUUCCCCGAAACUCCGGCCAGGGAGCUUCGACACUCAAUCCGAAACCUAUUCACCAUACAAGAACAAGCUGUCUGUGAUAACUAAUGUUUCAGGUGAUCAAGCAGCAAGCAAUGAUAGGAUUUGCAGGCAUAAUUCUUACCAGCAAAGAUCACCAAGCUUGAGGGUUCUCCCUGCAGGUCCAAUAAAAUCGAAUCGAUCCCUGAAGGAUCUAAGUUUUAAUUCAGAGUGUUCAUUUUCAAACUGGACUCAAUCUAGUCCUUUCAGAUGAUCAUUCUGAUUUUUUAAAACAAUCAGGCUUGUGGGUUUUAUUUUUUUUUUUAUAAUUACAAAUUAUUUGCUUCUUUAAUCUGUUUGAUCAAAAGCAUGUAUUUGAGUUCUCUCAUUACAAAAUUAUGUAAUGCAAAAUAAUCCAUUAAAAUGGAGAAGAAGCCUGCACAGAGAGUUUGGUUUGACAGAUAUGAGAUGUGAAGAUGAAGAUUGCUCUUGGUUUUCUAUUUGGGUUUUCUUUUCGUUAUAUUAGUUUAUAAUUUAUAUAUUAAAUUAUAUAUAUAUAUAUAUGUUAAGGAUGGAAGUGAAUCAAGGUAUUGAAGAGAAAUUAAAUCAAUGUGCUAACAAGAAAAAAAAUCAUGGUUUUAAAGCAAAAAAAAAUUAAGGUGUUAAAAGAGAAAAUAAAUAAGGGCAUUGGGAAGGAAGUAACUUAAAUCAAAAAAUAAAAUUAUAUCAUUUGUAAUUAAUUGUUUAUUUUCUUUUCCGUCCUAAAAAACCUAUAUAUAUAAAGUUAUAAUAUCCAAUGGAAUACACAUCAAUCAAAACCAUUCUUCACA